CAAUUGAAUUUCAAUUUCCCCUUAGGGGCUUAAUAUCUCCCCGCAUUUGUGCCAAGCCUUAUGUCAUAGAUAUUUCCCCAUUCUCUUUCUCUCUCUUCCUCUCUCCCAAACCCUAACUCCCGACCCCAUCCCCUCCCUUUCGGUGCGUCUUUCCCUGCAAUUUUCCUCGUUUUUUCUGCGAUUUUCUUCCUUUUCUAUCAAUUUCCGCCGAAAAACUGACCCGAUCGCGUUUCUGCAGAUUCCGUCAUGAAAGGAGGCAAGUCCAAAACUGAAUCUAAGAAGGCCGAUGCCAAGCUUGCUGUGAAGAAGGGCGCCGCCGCCACCAAGGGUAGCAGGAAAUCAAGCAAGGGGAAGGCAGCGAAAGACCCUAACAAGCCAAAGAGACCUCCCAGUGCCUUCUUCGUUUUCAUGGAGGAGUUUAGGAAACAGUUCAACAAGGAACAUCCUGACAACAAAGCAGUGUCUGCUGUGGGCAAAGCUGCAGGAGCAAAAUGGAAAUCGAUGUCUGAUGCUGAGAAAGCACCCUAUGUGGCAAAAUCUGAGAAACGAAAGGCGGAGUAUGAGAAGAGCAUGAGAGCCUAUAACAAAAAACAGGCUGAAGGACCUACUGGUGGGGAUGAAGAAGAAUCUGAGAAGUCAGUGUCUGAGGUGAAUGAUGACGAGGAUGAUGAGGAAGGCAGUGGCGAGGAGGAGGACGACGAUUAGGAAGUGCACUGCGCAUAGAAUUUAUGUAGGUUGUUCUGAUGACCAGAUCAUCUUUUGUAGAUGGUCUCAUCGUUUCCUGAUAAACAUAUUUCUUGCUUCCAGAAAAUAUUUCCCUACUCCCUCCCGUAAAUUUGUUUUGUCUAUCCAAAACGUGAAUAGUUUAAAGAAGGGAGUUGAUCUUUAUUUGUACUUUUAAAUCCAACUGUUUAGUUAAGGGGUGUUUAUCUUUUGUAGAGCUUUAGUUUGAUUUAGUUUUUCUUGAUGAAAUCUGGUUACGCUUGUAUCAAUAUAAUUGGCUUAUCAUUCCUUUCUGCUGUAUCAUGCGCUGUAUGUGUGUUUCAA